UUUCUCACUUUGUUUGACUUGAACAAAUAAAGUUAAAUCUUUGACACCUGGACCUUCUUUGUCUGAGCAAUUUUUUGAACUGCAAGAUCAGCAUUUUUCCUCAUCAGUAGCAGAUAAACAUGUUACAUCUUUCUUAAAUUUAACAAUGACCGCUCUGUCCUCUUCCCGCUGAACUCUGGCGGGACUUAUAUUCUUUAAACAGACAGGAAACACUUCGACAGCGACAUCCCAUUUUAGCCCACCACUGGCUCGCGGUAGUGUACUUCAGGAUUUGCGGUGCAAACAGCUAUAAAGGAAUGAAGAGGAGUAGACAUGAAGAUGAAUCCGAAACAUUACACUUGGCUCAAGAUUGUGGGCAGCGAGGAAACAAGCUCCCUCGAACAGAGGUUGAAAAGAUUAUUUCAGAAAAGGUUAAGAAUGCAGUCGAGCUGUCUGACCACAGGAUGAAGGAUCUGAUGGAGAGAAUUGGGGAAGUGAAGAAUGAACCCAAAUAUGACGCAAGGAUCAAGAAACUAGAAGCACACAUAAUGAAGAUAAAACGGAGGGGAGAUGCAGUAUUCACAUAUAUCAGAAAACUCAGAUCUUUGGGGAUUUUUCAGAAUCAGUCUCUCUCAUCAAGUUCAACUGCUGCCCCUGGACAGCCACUGCGAUUCAUCUCUGGUACUGAUCCCAUCGGCCGCAUGUCCAGAGGUUCAGUCAGCAGUGGAUGUUCUGUGUCCCCAGCAGAUAAUGACUGUGAUAUCGCAGCUUUAAGAAGACCAAGAAGAGGGUUCUGGGAGAGUAUGCGGUCGAAGAAACAGGUUGUUGACCUCACAGAAGAUGCCAGAGCAGGUAAACCGUGUGAAGAAACUAUGGUAACAGAGCCGUCAGAUCAGUCCCAACAAAAAAUGACAGUUUUAGAACAGCCUAAACCCUCCAGCAAACCACCCACUCCUAUAAAAGCAGAAAAUCAAUGUGUUAAGGAAGAAGACAGUUCUUCAGGUCAGCUGGAUGAGGAGAACUGGCACUCCAAGCUCCAUCCUUUCCCAGAUACCCCGUUUCCCAAGGAGCUUGCACUUGCAGCUGCCACUCAUAACUUGCCACAGAAGCCAGUAGUGAAAUUAGCACGAAUUGGACACGCGAGAGAAAUAGGCAUCGCUUGGAAUGUAGACGUAAAAGAUCCCCACGUUGCCGAGAUGGAUUGCUACUACAUCUAUGUUGCCAAUGAACAAAAAAAUGGCACCUUUUCAGCAUGGAAAUGCCUUGGUGUGAUCAAAGCCAUGCCUCUUCCUAUGGCCUGCAAGGUCUCAGACUGCAAAGGCGAUAAAAGACUGUGUUUUAUUGUUGUGGGGAAGGACACAUUUGGCCGUUACGGGCCCUACAGUGACAUACAUAGUGUUGGACCAGGACAGACUUGAUUUUGCCAAUGCUUCUCUGAUGGGGUGUAAAAACUCUAAAGGCCGAUUCACAGAUGAUGAAUGUGCCUGUUUAGACUGAAAUUGGAAAGUGUGUUCAUUUUUUAACAUCAAGUUUAUUAAAAAGUUCAGCGAAGGUGUUUUAUUGUUUGGUCUGUUGUCAUUUCAAAUGUCAUAUCCUAAAUAUAACAUGAAAGCUGCCACCUGGUUAGUUUUUAUGGUUACAUGUAAUGACAAUGAAAUACCUAAUUUUAUUUUCCCCCUAGCAUUUAUAAUAGGAAUGGUAAUUCUUAGCAGUUACUAGCCAAAAAGACCAAAAAAAACAUACAGACACCAUUUUAAAUUACUGCAUUCAUGUCGGUACAAAUAUAUGAAAUGAGAAUGUUCAACUAUAACGUUCACCCUAAUCCAGUGUAUACUGUUAAGUCAAUUAAAGUGUUUUAAAAAGAA